GGGGCCCGGCCGCCCUUAGGCCGCGGCCCGCGGCGCGUGAGAGGGGUGUACGCGGGAGGGCCGAGCGGGCACUAUGUGGCCGCCGCCUCCUUGGCUGCUGGCGUGGCUGGUGCUGGCGGCGCGCUGCGGGGAGGCCGCGGUGGCCCUCGUCGGCAGUCCCUUCGUCUCCCCGCAGCCCACGGAGACGGCGGGCGGCGCGACGCGGAGCAGCAGCGGGCGGCUGGCGGAGGUGUCGGUGCCGCCUGAGCAGGGCCAGCCCAUGACCCAGCGUGCCCUGUCCGUACUGGUGCUGGCCAGCGCCGCGCUCAUCGUCUACUUCGUGAUCCGGACUGUGCGGCUCAGAAGACUUAACAGAAAAACAAGAAGAUACGGAGUUUUGGAUACAAACGUAGAAAACUUGGAGCUGACACCACUAGAGCAAGAUGAUGAUGAUGAUGAUACAACACUAUUUGAUGCCAAUCAUCCUCGAAGAGUAACGCAAAUAUGCAGUCAGGCAUGGAGCAACUAUGAAACUAGCAAGAGAGAUAAGUACGUGCCUUGCAAUGGAAGAACUUAAUUCUGGAACCAGAGAAGACUGCUUCACAGGAGGAAUAAGAAGCAAGAAGGUGUGCAAGCUGGGGAGAGGCUAAUUUAAACUAGCAUACUGUGGCAUCCUUAGUUUGUUACAAUAAAUACUGUAUCAAUUUCUUGUACCUUUCUGUAUAUAGAGAAUUGUAAAUGUGAAGCCUAAAGAGAGAGGGUGGACUAAAAUGCAAACCUAUUUGGAAUGGAGAGUACUUUUAAAACAGGGUAUUUUUUGUGUGUUCUAAAUCUUGUAUGCCUAAGUGUGGUAUACAGUUUUUCUACAACAAUCUGGAAUGUUAACAGGUUUUUCGCUGAUAUUAAAUGACAAGUAAGCGUAACCACUGUGGAUUACUCAGAAUUGUUAUAACUCCGUUUUAAGUGAGGAGAUGCUUUACCCUUUGCAAACAAAAAGCCAAACUACUGCCUUUCAUGUUGAGAUUUUUUUUUUAAACUAAUAAACAUGUUGUGUGUAAGUUUAAGUGAAAAAAUAAACCCGUUUACAAUGUU